AUGGAGAAUGGACAGAGAGUGUCCCGGAAGAGUCGGAAGUUGGGCUCCAGCCGCCGGCGGCAAAUACGAGAGGCAGCUGAUGCCCAGGAUGCCCCUGUAGCCUCAGAGCCAGAAGCAUGGUCCUUUCAAGCAGCUGCAGAACUACAGGACUUCUUCCAAGACUGUGGUGCCAAGGAGAGGGGCUUCAUUACUCGCGAGGACAUGGCGGUGGCAAAGUUCAGCUUCCUGGGCAGAGAAGAGGAGCUGGAGAUGAUCUUCGAUUGGAUAGACGUGGAGAGGAAGGGACACCUCUCCUUUGAAGAAUUCAGCUCUGGGCUCAAGAGCAUCUUUGGCUCCGACCUGAGCACCCACAAGCUCCACAGAAGGAGGCCACUGCCCCCCAAGCGGAGAUCUGCAGCUGUCACCUUCCCAGCACUGGAGGAGGCCAACACCGAGGAGAAGGAGGCAUUCCUUGCCUUCAUGGAGCAGCUGGGGGCCAGCCACUUACUUCCUGAGCAAACAGAGAUCUGGCAGCUGUGGGUGAAGCUGCGGCAGGAGGAGCCCCACCUGGCAGGCAACCUGGAGGGCUUUCUGGCCAAGAUGACCAGUCGCCUUCAAGAGGUGCGAGCUGACAAGGAGGCUCUGGAGCUGACCCUGAGGAAACGUGACUCUGACCAUCACCGUGAGGUCCAGGAGCUCUAUCAGGAGAUGGAACAGCAGAUCCACCGGGAGAAACAGCAGCUGCAAGCCGAGAGCAACUCCCGGGGCCUGGCCCUCAGCUUGCAGAUGCAAGAAGUUCUGGAGACAAAGGAGCGUGAGGUGCAGCAGCUGGCUGAGGGCCAGAGGGAGCUGGAGGCCCAGCUCCACUGCCUUAGUAGCACCCACCAGGAGGCCAGCUCAGAGAACCAGCAACUCCGAGAGGUAGAGCGAGAACUGGCCGGACAGCUGGAGGAGGUGCGGGGACAGCUGCAGGUGACCAGGGGGCACCUGGAAGCUGCCAAGGGCCGUGUAUCUUGGCAGGUGGAGGAGGAGGAACCAAGGUCAGAAGAGAAGGCCCCAGCUGCCCAGGCCAUCUCCCCUGAGGAGACACCCUUGCCUGGGCUGUUUGGGGACAAUGAUGACUGGGACAAGCUCCUGAGUGGCUUUAGCAGCCCCCCACUCAGAGCCCUCCAGCUCUACUGGAGCCCACCCCCGACUCCGAGAGCCUCCUCGGCCCCCGAGACGCCCCGAGUGGUCAGGCAGAUCUCCAUCUCAGAACCACGCUCUCUGUCCUUUGGUCAGGAGCCAGCUUCAGAUCUGGAUGGUGUUCUAAGGAGCCCCUCUGGGGGGCCUUCCAGGGCCAAGGAGGAGAAAGAAGGGGACUCAGAUGGGCAGGACAUCAGGUCAGAGCAGCCCGUGCAGCCUCCUGGCCUGGAAGCCAAGGACAAGCCAAGGCCUGAUUCUGAGACCCACUUCCACUGGGAUCUCCCAGGGGCCACAGUUGGGCAGGCAGGGAGCCUGGUGGAAGCCACACUUAAAAUGCUCAUCCCUCUGGAGGAUAAGUUCCCUCCUCAUGUGGAAUCUCCCCCUCCCCAGGCCCCAGGUGGGCCCAAUGAGCUGUUCCAGACCUCAGACCCAGAUGACGAAGGCCCUAGGUCUGAGCCUGCUUCAAUCAAGCUGCCCAAGCAAAGAGAGAUCCUUCUUCAGGACCCACAUAUUGUAGGCCUUGAGCCAGGGUCAGGCUCCUUGGGGGCUGGGACCUUCAUACAAGGGCCAGCUGAGCCUUCCCAGGGUCUGGAGUCUGUGGCUCCCAAAGAGGGGCUGGAGACAGGCAAGCUGGGCUCAGAGGAGCAGGAGGGCCACUCUGGGGCACAAAGAGGGGCUCAUGGCCAGGUCCUCAGGCCAGAUGGUCUGCCUGCCCUCCACCACUGGAAUCUGGCAGAAGAGCCCCAGGCUGAGGAAGGAAAACAAGAGGACCAAGGUGGGCAGGACAUGGGUUCAGAGCAGUCAGAACCUCAUCUGCAAGAUGCUUUGUCUGCUACGCCCCCUCACGGCCCACUCCAGGUUCAGUCUGAAGCAGAGGCCCCCAUUCCUGGGAAACGAUCAGCCCCAGGCAGCUCUUUCUCCAUGGGGGCUCAGCCUGGUGAUGGAGCAGGGCCCCAGGAGCCCAUACAAACCCUCCCCACAGUGGUAGAGCUGGAAGCUCAAUCUGGGCUCCCACUCAUGCAUGCUCAGGCAAAAGGAGAGCAAAGUCCUGCUCGAUCCAGGGAGCCGAGGGCAGAGAACAGAUCUGAAGACCCAGGAACGGACUCCUGGGAGGCUGGGCAGUCUUUGUUCCCAGGGAACAUCCUGGGCAGCAAGCCUCAGGCUGACCCUGAUUACGUCUUCCAUGUCAUCUUCCUGGGGGACUCAAAUGUGGGCAAAACCUCCUUCCUGCACCUGCUGCACCACGACUCAUUUGCCACUGGGCUAACAGCUACUGUGGGAGUGGAUUUUCGGGUCAAAACCCUGCUGGUGGACAACAAGCACUUUGCACUGCAGCUCUGGGACACGGCUGGCCAGGAGAGGUACCACAGCAUGACUCGGCAGCUUCUCCGCAAGGCUGAUGGGGUGGUGCUCAUGUAUGACAUCACAGACCAGAAGAGCUUCACCAACGUGCGCUACUGGAUGGACUGUCUCCAGGACUCAGGGUCUGACAAUGUGGUCACCCUUCUCCUGGGAAACAAGAUGGACUGUGAGGAGGAACGGCAGGUGCCCACUGAGGCUGGACGACAACUGGCCAAGGAACUGGGAGUCUCCUUUGAAGAGUGCAGCGCAGCCCUGGGUCACAACAUCCUGGAGCCUGUGGUAAAACUGGCUCGGUCACUCAAGAUGCAAGAUGACCGCCUGAAGAGCUCGUUAGUGGAGGUGGCCCCUGAGAGGCCACGAAAGAGAACUGGCUGCUGCUCCUGA